AUGGCCGCACGCUUGCGGAUCCUGUGGCUCUUUCUCCUGGUCUGCUGGGCCCUCCCUGCAGACCCUGCUGGGAACGAGUCACUGAGUCUCCUGGGUGGUGGAAACACUUGUGAGGGUGCAGUGGAGGUCCAGUCUCGGGGACAGCGUGGGUUUCUCUGCGGGGAUGGCUGGGGCCUGGCGCAAGCAUCCUUGAUCUGCGAACAACUUGGCUGCGGCGAGGCGCACUGGACCCCCACCUACUUGCUGUUACCCAGUCAAAUGGUGGCGCCCUGGCUCCAGGGCAUCAGUUGCUCAGGCAAUGAGUCCUCUCUCUGGGAGUGUGCUCUGGGGGCGUGGGGGCCGCUGCAGGACUGCCAGUGCCAGUGUGUGGCGACGGUAGUCUGUUCAGGUGGCAUCUCUCGCACACUAAGGCUGGAGGGCGGAGGAAGCCCCUGUGCAGGGAUCUUCGAUGUGGUGAACCCAGAGCUCUCCAGGCUGAGGUGUGGCCUGCACAAGGAGGAGGCCGGUGUCUUGUGCAAAGAGUUGGGGUGUGGCACCGCUCUGCAGUGGUCCAGAGAGCACCUCGCGGGGGGCUUCGGGGACCAGAGGCCGAAGGUCUUGAGCUGCCAGGGGACAGAGUCCAGUGUUUUAAACUGCAGGAUCAGCCUGAGCCUCCUAGAGCAGUGCGAAGCCCCGGUGGAAACGGAGGUGGUGUGCUCUGGGCACACGGAGGCUAGGCUGGCUGACAGGGAGCACCCCUGCGCUGGGCGCCUGGAGGUGCGGCGCGGCCUGACCUGGGGCACUGUCUGUGACACGGACCUGGACCUGCCCACGGCUCACGUGGUCUGCAGGGAGCUGCAGUGCGGCUCGGCUCUCUCCACGCCCGGGGGCGCACACUUCGGCCAGGGCUCAGGGCCAGUAUGGACCGAGGCCUUCCGCUGCGUGGGCAACGAGUCCCUGCUGUUCGACUGCCCGCGGGGGCCCGGGCGCCCUGAGCCCUGCGACCACAGCCGCGACGCGGGACUCAGGUGCUCAGGCGACAAUUUCCGGCUGGUGAACGGCAGCAGCAACUGCAUGGGGCGAGUGGAGCUACGGGUGCAGGGAGUCUGGGCACCUCUUUGUGCCAACUCCUGGGACUUAGCCGAUGCCAGUGUCCUCUGCCGCCAGCUCAACUGUGGCAAUGUGGUGGCCACACACAGAGGAGGCUUUUUUGGGGCAGGGAAAGGUACCAUCUGGCCUGACGUGUUUCACUGUGUGGGGACAGAGCCCCACCUGUGGCGUUGUCCAGCAAGCACCUUGGGAGCACCAGCCUGUGCCCCGGGAAAUGCAGCAACUGCUGUCUGCUCAGGUCUCCCCCACUCCCUGCGGUUGAGGGAUGGACACACUCGCUGUGAUGGGCGUGUGGAGGUGUCCCUGGACAGGGUGUGGAGUCGUGUCCUGGAUGAUGAUUGGGACCUGCGAGGUGCCAGCGUCGUGUGCCGUCAGCUUCAGUGUGGAGGGGCAGAGAAAGCCUACAAUGCUUCUGCCCCAGGUGGAGGUGCCACACCCAUAGGGCUGAGCCGCGUGCAAUGUCUGGGUACCGAGACCCACCUGACCCAGUGCAAUGUGUCCACGUCACUGCUGGUGCCCACGAGGAAUAUACCAGAUGUGGGUGUUGUCUGCUCAGGGAGCCUCCAGUUGCGUCUGGCUGGUGGGCCAGGGCGCUGCGCAGGGCGUGUGGAGGUAUUCCACAGUGGUGUGUGGGGCACAGUGUGCGAUGACAGCUGGGACCUGAGUGAUGCCCACGUGGUCUGCAGGCAACUGGGCUGUGGCCAGGCUCUUGAUGCCCCGCGGUCCGCCCGCUUUGGGGCUGGGGCUGGGCACAUCUGGCUGGACGAGCUGGGCUGUGAGGGCACGGAGUUGGCGCUGUGGCAGUGCCCGUCACGGGGCUGGGGCCAGCACGACUGCAGGCACAAGGACGACGCUGGUGCCAUCUGCUCAGGUGGGUCUCCAGGCAUGCUUGGCCAAGAAGCUCAGGCUGAGAAGGAAAAAUAUGGCGAUUCCAGCCCUCGGAUGCCAUGA